AUGCAACCAGAGCCAACUGCCGUGUCUCCAAAUACGCCCCCCAUUGACUUAUCCCCAAUAAAUCCAAGUUCCACCCAGCAUGGACAUGACCUCGAUGACGCUCAAGCCACUGGCUUCCUCCAUGAGGAGCCCAGUGACUCUGCAGACGUCUCGGGCAUGCCAACACAAGACAAAAUCCACGCGUCCCUGAACGGGGACUCCUCUGCCCCGCCCUCCAAUCGAGUGAACCAGCAUGAGAAUGCUCGGUCUCCCCCAAGAAAAUCAAAUGAAGUUGGAUUCGGUGUGGAUUUUGAUGAAAAGCCACAGGUACUCAUUGAGGUACUUCCAAAUGAGGUUCUCACUCAUAUCCUGUCGCAUCUAUCUCCCGAGUCCCUAUCCGCCAUUACAUUGGUAUCGCGUCGAUUCCAUUCACUAGUCACGACACCCCAUGCAUGGAGAAUUGCCUUCUCCCGCUUCUUCCCCGGGCCCCAAACCGUGGAGGAUGGCACACACACUAUCAGUAAUGAGGCGGACUUGCAGUCGGACAGGCGGUUCUUCACCAGACUAACUGCACUGGCGUCAUGGCGCAGCGAAUACAUCUUGCGUACCCGUCUGAUGCGAUCACUAUCUCGAGGCAAACCCGCGCAGUUCGACCCCGUCAAGGCGGGAAAUAUGCGUUCUGUGCGCGCUCGCCAUGGAAGUGCGGUAGCUACAUAUACCUCACAGUUACUUUAUCCAGUCAGCCACAUCCAUGCAUCUUUCAGCCCUGAUAAGGACCCGCUCUUCAUUCACGGCGCUGCUGAACAGGGGGUCGCAUCUGCCAGUGACCCUUCGACCGUGAAGGUGGGCACCUGGGGUAUCGCAGAUCACCAAAUGUUCCGCCACUUCGCUGAUAUGUUUCCCGGUGAAGCACAAUAUGGUCUCGGAUCGGGUGACUUUGUUGGUAUGCCCAAUGUAAUGGACGUUAGUCAACCAUACGGCAUGAUGUAUGGCGAGGGAUGUCCGCAGGGACGCAGCUACUUCAUUUCAACAACGGAGCAGCGCGGUCGCUUCUUAGGAGCUUCAGAGUUGGGCUCUCAUCCACCACUCGGCAUUCCUGCCAUCAAUAUGAUCACGCAGGCUACCUGCUCGGUGUGGAUUGCCAAGUCUUCCCACGUCCUAAAGAUGACCCAGGGGCUUGUUGGCAUGCUCUCUGGCUCCUCUUCUGGUAUACUGACUGCAUAUUCCAUUGGACCACAUCCAACUUACGACAGACGGUAUGCGCCAGGUCAAGUAACUGCCAGAUGGGUUCUGUGCCCUGGUGUUCCUAUCAUUGGUAUUGCUGUGGAUGACCAAUUUUCACCACAGCGCUAUUCAGGACGCCGCAUAUGGGCUGUUGCUCUGAACGCUCUUGGUGAAAUCUUUUACUUGACUGAACUUCCCCGGUCACCAGAGAUUCCACUCACGGCUAAACUCAACGCCGAGCAACUCGAUGAAGUGGCUUGGAAGACGGGCAGAAGUGUGCACUGGGACAUAGUUGAAGUGAGCAGACGCGUGGCACGCAUUGACCCCUUCAAUCAAGAAUUGGUUGAUGGUAGUUAUAGUCCGCGGUCAUCAUCAGAUUCCAUGGCACUCAAUGAACACCAGAUUGCCGCUGAAACCAAGGAGAUCGAGAAGUUCAUCUCAUUCAAGCCCAAAUAUUUCCGUAAGCUCUGUGAGAGCUGGGACAUGGAACGUGAUCUCAAGGUGGACUUUGCGGGUGAUGAUGGUCACGGGGCUGGCGAGUCGAUCAUUGUCAUUGCGCGCGGCUCGAAUGAAGAUACAAAGGCAUCGAUUCGGCGCUUUACGCGCACAGUCUCCAAAUCCGAUGUGAGCUCGUCAACCACACCAGAACCCUUUCCUCGCGCUACUCCAACCCCGCCAUCAAUAUUUGGUGGCCCUACCAGUGGCUCAAGUUUGAAGGUGCCUAGUAGUCUUCCACCUUCCCGAGCCUCCAGUCGAUCAAGUGCAAAUUUGGCUCAAUUCGGAUGGCGUAUUUCCAAUUUCGUCUUUGGCGACCGCAAAUCCGUGAAAAUCAGCACCAGUGCCAUGGAUGUGUCCAUCUUUGCCACCGUCACCGCAGAGGAGGAUCCUCUUCUCGCCAUGUCCGGAAGCUUUGCUUCGUCGGCAUCAUCAUCUCCCAUGUUGCCACACAUGGACCAACCGCGGUCUGCCUAUGAAGUUCCUGGACAACGUGCUCGAUACCUAGCCGUUGGAACUAGCUCGGGGAUGGUGUUUGUUUGGGACAUUCGAGCACCGGCGGCCAAGUCUGCAGAUGUCAUCAAGUCCAUAUCCCCAUUGCGCAUCAUCAAUACGGAGUCGCCCCAGGUGUCUUGCCUGGGCAUCACAUCGUUGUACUUGGUACACGGUGGAAAUGAUGGACUUGUCCAGGCUUGGGAUCCGCUUGCAUCGUCUACUAAGCCUAUACGUACGAUCAGUUCUCGCUUCUCCCAGCGUGCCCGUCGUCAACUCGUACAGGCCGAAGCAUCUGCCUUGGGAGUUGGGAACAACUAUUAUGCGACAGGCGCUAUCUGUCUUGACACAGACCCCACUAUUUUGCGCGGCAUGGUCUCUCUGGGCACACACCUACGCUACUGGUCUUACAGUUCCACUGGGGCUGAGAAAUACAAGACUAGCAAGCGCCGCCUUCGCCGCUUAAUGCGCAUGGGCAACGGGGGUGGGGAAGGUCAGCGCUUCAACAAUAGUGGCCGAGGUGCAAUUGAAGACUACAUUGAAGAUGAACGGAAGGAGCUGCAACGCCAAAAGAUCGCCGAUGAGAAAGAGCGGGCACAUCUGAGUGCACGAUUCGGAGUAGAUCUUUUAGGCCCUGAUAUUGACGAGGAGCAGCUUUUGGCAUAUGCCCAACUCCUUAGUGAGGAGGCCUUUUCCGGUGAGGCCUCGAAAGCCAAUGACAGCGCAGCGAUAUCGAGCUCAGUCACCAGUGCUUCAUUUGAUACGGUCGGGCCGAGUUCUUUUGGCCAAGGCGAGAUCUCAUCGUCUUCAUCUCCUUGCCAAGAGUCCGCAAAUGAUAGUGUCGACGAUGAACUUGCCGAGGCAAUUCGCCUGAGUCUACUUGAUGACCAGAACACAUAUAAUUCAACACAUUCGAUUCCCAUCAAGUAUGCGAAGGGAGUGCGGCCUCGAUCACCAUCGCCUGAAGUGGAGGCUGGGAAUAGUAGACAACAAGAGAUGGAUGAUCUGGAGUUUGCUAUCCAAUUGAGCCUGGCCGAGGGCAAGAGUCGCCAGGAGGAUCAGGAGUGGGAGGAAUUUCCCUCUCUUGCGCCGUCUUCACCGUCGGGUAAAGGGAAAGGCAAAGCGAGGGCAUAG